UGAUUAAGGCAGUCGAAUACAGGCAUCCAGGCAGUCAGGGGCUGCAUCAAGGCAGUUAGAAAACUGCAUUAAAGCAGUUAAAACUGCAUAAAGGCAGUGAGGAAGAGUAUUAGACCAGUUUAAAACUGCAUUCCUGAAAUGAGUUCAAGGACUGGGUCUCGCCAAAGCCUGGAUAAACUAAGAUCUGGGAUAGAUAAAUACGACCGGGGUUUAAACACUCUUACAGCAGAUAUAAGAAAAGUUGAAAACUUCUACAGCGAACUGCAGAAAACACAUUCAAAAACAUUUAAUGCAUGUCAAAAGAACGGAAUAAGAGAAGAUUUGAGCUGUGGGAAACCAAUGAUAUCCAGUAUUACAGAACCAAGUUUUACGAGACGAUACAUCGAAUCCCGAGAAUACAGUGUUGGGUCUAGGGGAGAAGUAAGAUGCCCAGCCCAAGGAGAGGGAGGUUGGAACAGGAUAAACAGGAGUCCUGGAGAACGAUACCAGACCAGAACCCGGAGUGAGGUUUCUCCUUGGGUCCAGCAAAAAUACAGAAGUAUAGAGGUCCAAUAUCCUCAAUAUUCAAGGUUCAGAGGGAAGGAUUGCUGGGAGGAAAAAGAUAAGCAGUCAAACACUCAAAGGUCAAUUCUCAGAUCUGGAAUGCUGUUUUCACCUGACUCUUGUCGUCUUGCAAUCCUUGAGAGUAUAUCUAUGGCGUGGACCGCGGACAAGUACAGACAUGUAGAAACAGCAAGGAACAAACCUUCCUCCAUUUAAUCUAAGCAGAGUCAUAUACUGACAUGUAGAGACAGCAAGGAACAAUCUUUCAUCCAUUAAAUCUAAGCAGAGUCAUAUACAGACAUGUAGAGACAGCAAGAAACAAACUUUCAUCCAUUUAAUCUAAGCAGAGUCAUAUAAAGACAUUUGGAGACAGCGAGGAACAAACCUUCAUCCAUUAAAUCUAAGCAGAGUCAUAUACAGACAUUUGGAGACAGCAAGGAACAAACCUUCAUCCAUUAAAUCUAAGCAGAGUCAUAUACAGACAUUUGAAGACAGCGAGGAACAAUCCUUCAUCCAUUAAAUCUAAGCAAAGUCAUAUACAGACAUUUGGAGACAGCAAGGAACAAACCUUCAUCAAUUAAAUCUAAGCAAAGUCAUAUACAGACAUUUGGAGAAAGCAAGGGACAAACCUUCAUCCAUUUAAUCAAAUUCAUACACAGACGUUUGGAGACAGCAAGGGAAAAACCAACCACCAUUUACUUUAAGCAGUACUGUACAGACAUGCGGGGAUAACAUGAAACAAAACUUCAGCCAUUCAAUCCCUUAAUCCCAGCAGCCUACCAAAGAGUUUGAUGAAAUGUUAGAGUCAUGUUUUAUGAAUAGAACUAUAAAUACCAAUACCUGGG